AUGGAUGAUCCACAGAAAAAUGCUGCGACUCCCCACACUGCAACAUUGCCUCCGCACACCACUGGACCCAGUCCUUCCAGCAACCCCUCCCUAUGGCUCAGGUCCCCUGGUCGCAGAUCAGAUUCCGAUCCGCAUCCGCAGGCCGGCUCCCCUCUGCCUGCACUGGUGCUGCAGGGCGCCCCUCCGGCAGAGCGCAGCCCAACAAGAGGUGCAGGAGGGAUCAUCCCAAAAGAAAAGACUCUCCCCUGCUCACAUCUAGCUGACCUGGUCCUCCUGACGCCACAUCCAGCAGAAGCUGCAGGACAAAGUAACAGCAACUCCAGGCCUCGGCCAAGGGCAGCCCCGGGCCUGGGUGGGGCCGGGCGGGGGCCGCAGGCGCCGAGCGGCCGUGCCAAGCCCCGCCAGCGAGAACCAAGGAAGCUGCGAUACUGCUGCAUUGUGCUGCAUCACGGCGAGGGCACCGGAGGGCACCUGAAAAUAGACCCUCCGGCUGUCCGCUCCGCACCCACCUCCGCGCCAGCGGCCUCCACGUCAGGGGCCGCGGCGCCCGGCUGCAGGGAGGCGGCGGCGGAGGCAGGAAGGAGGAAUCGCCGCGCCGCGCCGCGCCGGGGCUGGGGCCGGACAGCAGCUGUGCGCACGGCGGGUCUGCUGCCGCCUCACCGCAGAGCCUGCCGCCCCUCGUCCCGCAUCAUCCGAGUACCAAUGAGCACCCGCGACCCGGGCUCCCCACGCCGCCCCCGCCCGGGCUCUGCAGCCUCCCUGCCCCCACGCGGCUCCCCGGGCGUAGGGCAGACGGGCAGCGGCGUCCUCCGGCCCUGGGCCCGCGCCCCUCCUCCCGCCCGUCCGCCGCCGCGGAGCCCGCCCGGGAGGCAGCCCCACUGGGAGCAGACCCUACAAGUGGUUCAUCCAACUCCUGCCUCUCAGCGCAGGCUCCGCUCGAACCUGAGGCCAGGUGCCCUGCCCCAGUCACUCCCGAGAGAGGGGUCGUCCAGCCGCGGUGGAGGGCCCUGUGAUGGCGUGGGGACUUGCUUUUUCCCCUGUGCGCAUUCCCUGAAACGGAAACUGGACGUUUCCUCGAAUUUUUGUCAUGUGCCACUGCCCCUUCCCAGUCACCUGGUCUACCCCGUCAGCCCCUCAGACUGUGUAGAAAUUCCAGAACCGUCACUGUUGUGAAGAAAAGAUGGUGGAAUCACCAGGACCACGAAUGGAAACGAUCUUUAGAAAACAGUUUGAAGAAACUGACUUUCUCCUUGUUCUGUAAGGUGCACAAGGCGGCACUGCGGGCAUUCAGAGGGAGGAGGGCCCUUCCUGUUUGAAAAAGCCCCAGGGCUUUUUCCCCAUACAGCCCUGAUCACCUGGAUUAAAACAAAACAAAAAUACAAGGCAGUCAAGUAGUUUGGAUCAUGCUUAUAUCUCAGAUCACUAGAACCUGGCCUGAUGGGUUUAUAUGUUUGUAUGUAUUUUUAAAUGAAUAUUUAAAAAUAAAACUCAAUGAAAUUGUCACAGC